AUGGCCCCCAAACAAGUCGUCCUCACGGACAAGGCCCCCAAGCCUCUAGAGGGCAUCCUCAGCCAAGCCAUCGUCGCCAACGGCGUCGUCUACUGCUCCGGCCAAGUCGCCGUGGACCCCGCGACGGGGAAGCUGGUCGAGGGGACGGUGGGCGAUCGGACGCAUAGGAUUAUUCAGAACUUGACGAGUGUGUUGGAGGGCGCGGGGACGAGUAUUGAGAAUGUUGUUAAGGUUAGUGUCUUCAUUGCCGAUAUGAAGGACUUUGGCGCUAUGAAUGAGGUUUACGCGCAGUAUUGGGGCGAGAAUAAGCCUUCUAGGACUUGCGUCGCCGUCAAGCAACUCCCCCUCGGCACUGACGUCGAGAUCGAAUGCGUGGCGGUCCUCCCGUAA